AUGGUAUUUGGUUUAAACAAGAAGGAACGGAAAGUCCCCGAUCUUUCUCGGUAUGAUUACUACUAUCAAAAUAAACAACAAGAUGAGCAGAAUACUGCGCAACAACAUCAUCAUCAACAACAGCAGGUAAGACAUUCUUAUCUUCCUAGUCAAAAUCGUCAUUCUUCAUACUCUGAUUUUCAUUCGGCUAACAGAAGACAUGCAUCGACGGCAUCUGCACAGAAACAAAGAGCAUAUUCAGUCACAGGCCAUAAUGAUGGAAGUUCAUAUACUGUAAAAAAUCCAACUUCGAAUCAAAUAACAACAACGAAAACUAGAUCAUUGGUCCCGCCACAAAAGACAAGGACCGCAAGAAGACCGUCUAAUAACAGUAGAUCGUAUUCAAUUAAAUCACAAAAUAGUAACACUGAUCAAACUAAAAGAUUGAACUCCAUAAAUUCAGUAGGUAGUAAGCAAAUUAAUAACACAGGACGCAACCAUAAGAAUAAUGGCUCGAGAUCAAAUUCAAUCACAGUGCAAACUACAGAAAUUAAGGAUCCGAAUGGUAAAACACAAUCCAUUACAAGAAAGACGGUUAAAAGAAUGAAUGGCUUUGAAUACGUAGAGACAACAACUACCACUACUACCACGGUGAAGAAAAAAUCGCCAAUGAAAUCGAAACAAAAAUCAAAAAAUAGAAACAGUGAGAUUAAUAGACAUUUUCAAGAGUUUAGCGGUGACUACAUUGAGGAAGAUGGCUAUACUAACAUUGGGAAUAAUAUUGAUGACAAUAAUAAUGCAAGUGACGUUGAAGAUGAGUCACCUUAUGAGGAUGAACAAAAAGACGUUGAAUCUGUCACCGAACCUGAUAAUAACGAUUUUGUUGACAGUGUUAUUGAAGAAGAAAAUGAAAUUGAUAUAAUUGAAGAAGAAAAUCAUGGACAUGAUGACGAAAAUGCCUUAUUUUUAGCUGACUCCGGCAGUGAUAAAAUCCAUAAGCCACACAACUUGAGAGCAUUGCUAAUGCCAAAAGAAACGCCAUUAGAAAAAGAUGAAGACAUAGUUCCAUUGGAUAAUACAAGUAGUAUAUCGAAGUUUACUGAAGCAAGAGAAGAGGAAUCCAUUUCUGAAGUUAAUAAUAAAAAAAAUGAUAAACAGGUUCCAGUAAAUGGAUCUUCAAGAAAUUCAGAAAUUCCAGAACAAAAGAAGAAACGUAUUGUGAGAGCUUCAUCUGUACCUUCGAAUUUGCGUAGCAACAAUUCAAGUUACUCAAAAUUGAAACCUAAAGCUAGUGGUUCUAAUCUAAGGAAAGCACAUGUACCUUCAGAACCAAAACCAAAAAAAAAAUUAACCGAAGAAGAGAUGUACGCUGUAGCAUAUGAGAUAGCAAGAAAAAAAGUCUACCAAAAUAGUGGACUAUCCCAUCCAGAAAUGAAUGGCAUGCAAUAUGCAAACCCUCAACCACCUGUUAUUGUAGAAGAAUCAAAAGGUAUGAGUAAAAUGGCAAAAAGAAUGUCUGUAAGGCAAAAACCUGUAAUAAAUUAUCAAGAGGAUCAUCAAAGACAAAACUAUGAAGUUAGCUUGGAUGCAUAUUCUCAAAACUCAAGAAAGAAUUCAGUUGCUUCAACAUUACCAACAUCGCUUAAUAGUAAUAAAAAGGCUCUAGAUAUCCAUAAACUACACAGUAAUGAAAAACAUGCACCACCCAUUAAGAAAACAAUGACCGACGAAGAAAUGUAUGCGAAAGCUUUACAAAUUGCUCAAAAAAGAUUUAAUGAUGAUAAAACUGCGAACAGCAUGUCAUUGAGUCAACCAGAGCCGAUAAUAGUACAAGAAUCAGCAACUUCUUCAAUAAAUAAAAAAAUAGAUAUUUUACCAAGUAUUGAGGAUAAUCCACCACAUGCAAAAGUGCAAUCUAUUGGAACAGAAGAAUAUAACGAGGAACCAAGAGAAUUUGUACCAGAAGCCAGCAUGGCAAAAUCCCCUAUGAAACAUAGACUUCGAAAAUUAUCCUCAGUUAGUUUAGGUAAGAAAACAAAGAAUCCAGAGAUUACUUCUAUUCAAACCAAUAAUGAGAUAGCGGAAUCUCCAAAUAAAUCGAAAUUAAAAAACGUGUUCAAUAAGGUUGUACAAUUUUCUCAAGAAAAUAGUGGUUAUCAACCACCUAAAAAAGAUCGCCAGUAUCAAGAAGAAAAAGUUGCUCCAGAUGCUGGUAAUGAACAUAACACAAAUUUUGUUAGGUCUGCAUUCGAUGCAAAUGAAGAACAUGAACAGAGAGUCAAUUCAAAUUUACAAAACAUGGCACCACCUCCAGCAGUUAAUGGCCAAAUGAACAGAAUUUCAACAAAUAAUGAAAACACAGGUGCACAAUCUAUUAAUUACAAUACGUUAGAAGCUCCUACUGUUACAGCUGGCAGUUCAAAUGUUGGCGGGGCAAGCAUAAAAGAUAGCACUAUGGAGUCCGUUAAUAGGCAAAAUACUAAAAGUUCAUCAAGAGGAGCACCUCCAUCAAUAAAUGAUUCUACUUUGUUGAAUAACCAAAAUUCUAAUAUUAUCAUAAAGACGAACAAUCAAGCACCUGUUAAUUCCCAGGCCAGAGAAUAUGCUUCAGUUUCUAAUGUUGAAACUGCUUUGAAUAAUUCAGGACAACCAAUAAAUGUUCAAACACCUAAAACGUCUAAGAAUGAUAAUAAAACUAAGAAGAAGAAAAGUUUCUUUGGCAAACUCUUUAAACAUUAA